GCCCACCUGCCACCGGCUCCAACGCCCACUGGUCUGCCGGGCCAGCGGGUGCGUGGCCCACUUGUCUGUGGCAGAGGUCGGGUGCACGUAUAUAGGCCGCGGCGUUUCGGCUUUGUCGUUCUUCUCACAAACUGCCUUUUCUUCCGGCUUCCAACUUCCAAGUGGCGACUGCUGCCGACUGCCGGGUGCGAGAAGAGGGAGAGAUCAGAGUAUCAGACAAGCUGUUGUCCGAAUCCACUCCGGCGAGGACGAGUGCUGAGGUCGAAAUGGGGAGAGGAGCGGAUGAGGUGGUGAAGGUCGUGGAUUCGGAGGACGGCGAGGGGGAGGAGGAAGAGGCAGAGGCCGCGGCGGCGGAGGGGUCGAGCAAGGAGACGCCGAUGCUGCCAAGGAUGCCGGUGCGCGUGCUACUCGCCGAGGGCGACGACUCCACGCGCCACGUCAUCUCCGCGCUGCUACGCAAGUGCGGCUACCGAGUUGCUGCAGCCUCUGAUGGUGUGAAGGCGUGGGACAUAUUAAAGGAAAAAUCUUUCAACAUAGACCUUGUUUUAACUGAAGUUGAACUGCCUUUGAUGUCUGGGUUCCUCUUGUUAUCCACGAUCAUGGAGCAUGAUGCAUCCAAGAACAUCCCUGUUAUAAUGAUGUCUUCACACGACUCUGUAAGCAUGGUUUUCAAAUGCAUGCUAAAGGGUGCAUCAGAUUUCCUUGUUAAGCCGCUAAGAAAGAACGAAUUAAGGAACUUGUGGCAGCACGUUUGGAGAAAACAACUGGCAAACGGUGGGCCCGAUGUGCAGCACAUACAAGAAGAGAAUCUUGCAGAAAGAAUGGAACAGAAGACUGGCGUGACAAAAGAUGAUAAUUUGAACAGCGAUGGUCCCUGUAAAAAUAGAGAAUGCAGUGAACAAGAAAGUGAUGCUCAAAGUUCUUGCACAAGGUCAGAGUUGGAGGCUGAAAGUAAGCAAACUAACAACAUUUUGGAGUAUAUGCAAUCAACUGAAAGGCAUUUGUCUAUUCGUAGCCACAAGGAUUUAGAGCUAAAUGGAGAGACCAAAACACGAACAGCUAAGGGUAAUAACUUGAUUCCAACAAGAGAAGACGAUUUAUUGCCAAAGAAAAGAACAUGUUUGAAUGACAAUAAUUCUGAGAGAACUUCCAGAGAUAUGGAGCUAGUCCACAUUAUGGACAAUCAGCAGAAGCAUGACACACAGAGGGAUGUGGAUACUAUGAGAACAACAUCCAGGAGAAAUGAUGAGAAGAACUCCAUCCCAGCACACCAGUUGGAACUUUCUCUUAGAAGAACUGACUAUGGAAAAUUAGAGAACCACGAGAAAAAUGAUAGAAGAACACUGAACCAUUCAACUUCAUCUGCAUUUUACUUGUAUAAUUGCAGGACAGCGUCCAGCUUAGGAAAUGCUGGUGAUGGUCAAUUAUGCAGCACCUCAGAAACACUAGUGGAUGUUGAAAAUAGAAAUGGAGAUUUGGCAGCUCUGUCUGAAGACACGACUGAAACAAAUCGUCCUCCUAUCAGAGUUGUACCAUUUCCUGUCCCUGUUCAAUGCUUCACAUUUGAUGGGCAGCCGUUCUGGAAUGGUACACCGGUGGCAUCUCCAUUCUACCCACAGUCAGCUCCCCCCAUUUGGAAUAGCAAAACACCAACGUGGCAAGAAUCAACUCCACAAGCAACUUCACUGCCACAAAAAUCGCAACAGAAAGAACCAGUUGAAAUGGAUGCUAAACCAGUUGAAAAUGCAGAGGAACAAUUUGUCGUAGGUCCUCCCAGUGCCAGUGGGAAGCAGCUGCAUGUUGAAAUUCCUAAAGAUGAUCUACGGCAUAUUUCUCCUGUGACCGGUGAAAGUGGAAUCAGUACGGUGCUAGACAGCACCAGAAAUACUCUGAGCAGCAGUGGCUGUGAUAGCACUUCCAACCAGAUCACCGCCCCUACUGAACCAUCAUCCAAUGUAUACAGGGGCGUUCCUGAAACCGCAAGAGCCGAAGGUUUACGACACCUGAGCCAGCGUGAGGCUGCACUGAACAAGUUCCGGCUAAAGAGGAAGGACAGAUGCUUUGAGAAGAAGGUUCGGUACCAGAGCCGGAAAUUACUCGCAGAGCAGCGUCCACGGGUCAAGGGCCAGUUUGUCCGUCAAGAUCAUAGCAUCCAAGGAAGCUAGGGUCCAGUUACUGAGCUGGAACUCUUUCCCAUUAUCUACAAAAAAAAGUCACUGUAAGUGACUCCACUGCGGGGUACCCUGAUGUCAGGUUUUUUCGAAGAGUUGGAAGCAACCACACUGAGUUACGGUUUGCUGUGUAUGUUUGCUAAAGCUUGUAAUAUAUGUAUGUAUAGGCUGACUCUUUUCUUUCCUUAGGUUAGGCACAGGACCUGGCACGUUCUAGACGGUUUGUCGGUAGACGUUAAAAAAUACAGGCAUACUUGUGUCCUCCAGUAGCACGUGUGCUUUAAGCCUUGUAUUAUGUAACUAGCCAAGUUGUUUUUGAUGUUUCGGAUUAGAUGUACACUGUGGAUGUAUGGCGUGAAGGAUGUCCACCAAAGUAUGCUCGUUUCUGUGUAGCUUGUUGCAAUGAACAUUGUUGGCCUGGUUUUAGUAAUGCUCUCUUGCCUUGAGUAUUAGUACUGUGAAAUUUUCUACAGACGGUAUGAAGUGCUAAAUUUGGGUGACGGUUUUUAUAA